AUGCAAGUGCUGCCGAUAUGUAGCCGCCUGAUGAAUCAAGAAAUUGCUCGAGUCACAUCACUCGUUGGCGCGCAAGUGUUUAUGGACCAUGAUUCAAUCGAGCACUCGCCUCCAAUGUCACAUCAGCCACAUUCGUCUCAUCAGCAGAUAACUCACCAACAUUUAUCGCAUCAGGCACUCUCUCAUCCUCCGCAUCCACCUCAUCAGUCUCAUGCAUCUCAUCAAGGCCAUAUCUCUCAUCAGUCUCAGCAGAUUCGGCCUUCGUCCAGUGGAUCGCCGUUUGAUUCCGGAACAUGGGCUCCGAUGCCAUCUGAGGUUGGGCCAUCUUCUCUCUUCUUGAUGCAACCAACGAGCCAACCGUCAGCUUCCGGGACCCUUGUAGGCUGGACGGCUCAGCCUGGCGCUGCUCCGAUUGUAAAGAAGACGAGCCGUUUGGAGGUUCCGGUGGAUAAAUACCCUACAUUUAACUUUGUCGGAAGAAUCUUAGGACCACGAGGGAACUCGCUGAAACGAGUCGAAGGGCAGACAGGCUGUCGUGUCCUCAUUCGCGGGCGUGGGUCGAUAAAGGACGCUGGCAAGGAGGAGAAGAUGCGAGACAAGCCUGGAUUUGAACAUCUGAACGAGCCUCUGCAUGUUAUCGUCGAAGCGGAGCUUCCCGCCAAUGUUGUUGACGCGCAGCUUGCGCAAGCAUGCGAAAUUCUUCAAGAACUACUCAGGCCUGUGGACGAAACUCAUGAUGUGGUCAAACGUGCACAACUUCGUGAAUUAGCCAUUCUGAAUGGAACUCUUCGGGAUGACUUGGGAGCUCACAGUUUGUUCUCGGGUUCCCCAUUGCCCUUUGGUGAUGUGGGACUGAAGCGAGCUAAAACUCGGCGAUAG